UCUGUAGGCAUUUUUUUUGGCACUAUAAUGUUUGUAUAUACACCUAUGUGGUUGUCAAUUGCAACAUUACAAUUAUAAUGAUUUAGUUGAGGAAUUGAUGCUAAAAGGUGUAAUAUCUUUAUUCCAUUUACCGGGAAAGGUAAGAAAAGCUUCUUUUUUUGCUUUUCGUCCUUUGCUUUCAAGGACAUCAAAAUUGGUAUUGGGGUUGAUGUUGUUUGCGAGUGAAGACAGGAAAUGCUGUGUGAAUGAAACUAGGUAUUUGUUUUGGAAAGUUGAGGUGGUAAAUGGCUUAGAAAUUGAAGUGGGGUACUUAUGGCAAAAUAUUAUUAGUGAUUGGUCAGACAUAAUAAGAAUGUUGUCAAGUUCAUGUGCGGAGCUGAAAUUGGUACUUUGGGGGAAGAUCUAGGAUAAUUGUGAGAAAUGUUCACAUUUCUCUCUAACAGUUAU